GCGGCCCUCCCACGUCCUCCUCUGGCCCUCACCGUCCGCAGCUGCGUCUCACACGCUAAGAAUGGACACCAGGCCCCCCACGUCUCUACUGCGGCUCCUCGUCUGCCUCUGGCAGUGUUCCAGCGUGCAGCCGUCUUACAUCAUUGACAGCAUUGGGUUGACGCUGCUGCCCAGCGCCACGGUUCCAAGCGGCACGGCUGUGACGCUCAAAUGCCGCAUCAUCGUCAGCCGCUACAGAAACUUCAGCUUGACGUACGACUUUGCAUUCACACGAGACAACGUGCUCCUGCACUCCACCACGUCACACGAGGAGACCGCCGAGUACCAACUCGCCCCUGCCAGGGCGGCCGACUCGGGCAGCUACGAGUGUCGGGUCACGGUCGGGAAUAAGAGCAAAAGCAGCUUCAGCCAAGAACUCGACGUCCAAGGCCUCCAGGUCCCGACUCUGAACAUAAGCAAGAGCACGCUUUACGACAGCGAGGAGUUCCAGGCCGUCUGCAACGCUCCGGACGAGAGGGGGAACCUGGUCUUCCAGUUCCAUGAGAGGGACAGCAGCGGAGAGACUCGGCUGCUGAAGCAGACAGCCACUUCAGGGACCUCCUCACAGACUAUGCUGGUCCUCAGGAAGGUCGGCGACAGCGUCCUCUUCUGCCACUAUGAGAUCGCUUUGGUCUCCGGCAACAGACGAUCCAACCAGAGCAACGAGAUUCACGUGCUGGUGCGAGGUCUGUACAUCACGCCCAUCAUGAACGUGCUCUACACCUUACCCAACAUCUAUGAGGGCGACAUCCUGGAGGUGGUUUGCAAAGUGGUCAACCCCCCAAAGGGCGUGGAGGUGUUCCUGACCAAGGACGGGCAGAUCCUGAAGAGAGCCAUGGUCAGUCUCAACCACCGUCUCCGGGCUCAGGAGGGUGACUCGGGCGAGCUGGUGUGCAAAGCGCAGUGGGGCAACGUGCAGAAGGAAACCUACACCACCAUCACAGUCAAGAGCCUGUUUUCCCAGCCUCGCCUGAUCAUGCAGCCCAUAACCAUAUUCGAAGGAGACAAGUUCAAAGUGACCUGCUCCGUCACCAUCUUAGUUCCUGAGAGGAUCAACAACGAAACCAUGCACUUCUCCAUCUUCAAAGACAACGUGCAGAUCAGCAGCUCGGCCACAUACAGCUCAGUGGCUCAGCCUGGUCUGAACGGGAACUACACCUGCCGGGCCACGGCUCCAUCGUUGACACCAGGCCACAACUUCCAGAAAGACAGUCCGGUGAUGGUGGUCCAAGCCAAAAUUCCAGUGUCCAGGCCCACGCUGGCUGUGGUGGGAGGCACGCUGGUGCUGGGGCAGCCCUUCCGUCUGCUCUGCCACAGCUCCAGCGGCACGAUGCCCAUCACCUACACACUCCUGGGCCCCGACCGAGCACCAGAGAGCCAGGUGGUGAGGAGCCCGGGGGAACGGGCCGUGUUCAGCACCACGGCCGUCUACAGAAGCUCUGACAUCAGCAGCCUGUUGUGCCAAGCUCAGAACACCAGGGCUCCGGUGAACGGCUCCGGAGAGAUGCUCCUGAGCUCCACCACAAUCAUUGAACCCGUGUCCAAACCCGUGCUGACCUUGCUGCCCAGCAGCGGGCAUGUGGCGGAGGGGGGCGCCCUGACGCUCAUCUGCAGCGUCAACAAAGGCACUCCUCCCUACAGCUUCAGCUGGCACCACAGCGAGACGCUCAACACCCUCCACUCCCAGACGGAGGAGCAGAUGAAGGCGUCGCUCAUCAUCUCAGCGGUCAAACCCGAGGACAGAGGAGGGUACUACUGUGUCUGCAGCAACCCAGCCCGGCUGUCCAAGCAGAGCAGAACCGUCCAGGUGGGAGUGACGAUGGCCAGCUGGAAGAAAGCUCUCAUCGCCAUCAUGUGCACUCUGCUGCUGCUGGUCUUGAUCCUCGCCCUGGUCUUCAGGAGGAGGAGGAGACGCCAGCUCUCAGUGAAGUCGGCCGGCACCAAAGUGGAGCGCUUGAGUCUGACACAGGCCGAGGUCAACCAGGCCGCCAAUGUGACUCCUGGGAUCAUGGGGAAGAGUGUGUGGAGCGAGCACACGUCUGGCUCAGAGUCGGACGACCAGGCCAGCGAGAGAGCCGCGGACAGGCCCCGCCCACAGCACCCCGAGAUGCAGAGCGAUCCCCAUGGAGGCGUCUCGCUGCAGGACGACGCGCAGACGGGAUCGGUGGAGUAUGCUCAGCUGAACCAUGACUUGGGUCAACCUGGUUUCCAUGGAAACGUCCUGGAAGAUGGCAACGAUGAAGUGGAAGAGUGUGGUGACACCAUGGUCGCCGUUGAGCCGCGAGCUUGAUGGCAGCUCCGACACUAUUUAUUAGCAUGAUGCCAGUGCCUUGACACAGUCAUCUGUCUUGCAACGCUCCUUUUGCUCAGCACCUUCUGUC